UACUGGAACAGGAUGCUAUUUUUAAGAAAGCAUUGUGUUUCAUCAUGGAAAUUUUGAGCAUCUGAGCAGGCAGCUUGCCGGCUGGCCCUGUGCUUUGGGGUCCCAUUACAUGGAGACCCUAUGGGCUUAACUCUGUGCCCCAGCAUCCCACCCAGACCUGACCUGCAGGAGGAAGGGGAGGAGGGUCCACAGCAGAUGAGUCAUGUGCUGUGAAUGGCUGAGAUGCUGUGGUGGAGGGGAGCCCAGGCCCCGAACUGUUUGGUUGGGACAUCCCGAGAAGAGAGACCAGCGGUAUCCUCGAAAUGUCAUCAACAACCGGAAGUACAACCUCUUCACCUUCCUCCCUGGGGUGCUGUUCAACCAGUUCAAGUACUUCUUCAACCUCUACUUCCUGCUGCUCGCCUGCUCCCAGUUUGUUCCUGAGAUGAGACUUGGAGCCCUCUACACUUACUGGGUUCCCUUGGGCUUCGUGCUGGCUGUCACUGUCAUCCGUGAAGCAGUGGAAGAGACCCGAUGCUACGUGCGUGACAAGGAGGUCAACUCCCACGUCUACAGCCGCCUCACAGCUCGAGGGACAGUGAAGGUAAAGAGUUCCAACAUCCAAGUGGGAGAUCUCAUCAUUGUGGAAAAGAACCAGCGGGUUCCUGCUGACAUGAUCUUCUUGAGAACAUCGGAGAAAAACGGGUCUUGCUUUCUGCGCACUGAUCAGCUAGACGGAGAGACGGACUGGAAGCUGCGGCUGCCUGUGGCCUGCACGCAGAGGCUCCCCACGGCUGCUGACCUCCUGCAGAUCCGAUCCUAUGUGUAUGCGGAAGAGCCCAACAUCGACAUCCACAACUUUGUGGGGACUUUCACUAGGGAAGACAGUGACCCUCCAAUUAGCGAGAGUUUGAGCAUCGAGAACACGCUGUGGGCUGGCACUGUCAUCGCCUCAGGCACUGUUGUCGGUGUCGUUCUUUACACAGGCAGAGAGCUUCGGAGUGUCAUGAAUACUUCCAAUCCCAGAAGUAAGAUUGGCCUGUUUGACCUGGAGGUAAACUGCCUCACCAAGAUCCUGUUCGGUGCACUGGUGGUGGUGUCACUGGUCAUGGUGGCUCUGCAGCACUUUGCUGGCCGUUGGUACCUGCAGAUCAUCCGCUUCCUGCUCCUGUUUUCCAACAUAAUCCCCAUCAGUUUGCGUGUGAACUUGGACAUGGGAAAAAUCGUGUAUAGCUGGGUGAUUCGUAGGGAUUCAAAAAUUCCUGGAACUGUGGUUCGGUCCAGCACAAUUCCUGAACAGCUGGGCAGGAUUUCUUAUUUACUCACGGACAAGACAGGAACUCUGACCCAGAAUGAGAUGGUUUUCAAGCGGCUGCAUCUGGGAACAGUGGCCUACGGCCUUGACUCUAUGGAUGAAGUGCAAAGCCACAUCUUCAGCAUUUACACCCAGCAAUCCCAGGAACCACCAGCUCAGAAGGGUCCCACGGUUACCACCAAGGUGCGGCGGACCAUGAGCAGCCGUGUACAUGAGGCCGUAAAGGCCAUCGCGCUCUGCCACAAUGUGACACCCGUGUACGAGUCCAAUGGUGUGACGGAUCAGGCUGAGGCUGAGAAGCAAUAUGAAGACUCAUGUCGUGUGUACCAGGCGUCCAGCCCAGAUGAGGUGGCACUGGUCCAGUGGACGGAAAGCGUCGGCUUGACCCUGGUGGGUCGAGACCAGUCUUCCGUGCAGCUGAGGACCCCUGGUGGCCAGAUCCUGAACUUCACCAUCCUUCAGAUCUUCCCCUUCACCUACGAGAGCAAGCGGAUGGGCAUCAUCGUGAGGGAUGAGUCCACGGGGGAAAUCACAUUCUACAUGAAGGGGGCAGAUGUUGUCAUGGGCGGCAUUGUCCAGUACAAUGACUGGCUGGAGGAAGAGUGUGGUAACAUGGCCCGGGAGGGACUGCGGGUGCUUGUGGUGGCCAAGAAGUCUCUCGCAGAGGAGCAGUAUCAAGACUUUGAGGCCCGCUAUGUCCAAGCGAAGCUGAGCGUGCAUGACCGCUCCCUCAAAGUGGCCACAGUGAUUGAGAGCCUGGAAAUGGAGAUGGAAUUGCUGUGCCUGACGGGUGUGGAGGACCAGCUGCAGGCCGACGUGCGGCCCACACUGGAGACUCUGCGCAACGCCGGUAUCAAGGUCUGGAUGCUGACAGGGGACAAGCUGGAGACAGCCACGUGCACAGCUAAGAAUGCACAUCUGGUAACCAGGAACCAAGACAUCCACGUUUUCCGGCUGGUGACCAACCGUGGAGAGGCCCACCUGGAGCUGAACGCCUUCCGCAGGAAGCAUGACUGUGCCCUGGUCAUCUCUGGAGACUCCCUGGAGGUUUGCCUCAAGUACUACGAGUAUGAGUUCAUGGAGCUGGCCUGCCAGUGCCCGGCUGUGGUGUGUUGCCGCUGUGCCCCCACCCAGAAGGCCCAGAUUGUGCGCCUACUCCAGGAGCGUACCGGGAAGCUCACCUGUGCUGUGGGUGAUGGAGGCAAUGAUGUCAGCAUGAUUCAGGAAUCUGACUGUGGUGUAGGUGUGGAGGGCAAGGAAGGAAAGCAGGCUUCACUGGCUGCGGACUUCUCCAUCACACAGUUUAAGCAUCUCGGCCGGUUACUCAUGGUGCAUGGCCGCAACAGCUACAAGCGCUCAGCGGCCCUCAGCCAGUUCGUGAUCCACAGGAGCCUCUGCAUCAGCACCAUGCAGGCUGUCUUCUCCUCUGUCUUUUACUUCGCCUCCGUUCCUCUCUACCAAGGGUUCCUGAUCAUCGGGUACUCCACCAUCUACACCAUGUUCCCUGUGUUCUCGCUGGUUCUAGACAAGGACGUCAAAUCAGAAGUCGCCAUGCUAUACCCUGAACUCUACAAGGACCUCCUCAAGGGGCGGCCACUGUCUUACAAGACAUUCUUAAUCUGGGUGUUAAUCAGCAUCUAUCAAGGGAGCACCAUCAUGUACGGGGCACUGCUGCUGUUUGAGUCGGAGUUUGUGCACAUAGUGGCUAUCUCUUUCACGUCCCUCAUCCUCACGGAGCUGCUGAUGGUGGCCCUCACCAUCCAGACGUGGCACUGGCUCAUGACGGUGGCUGAGCUGCUCAGCUUGGCCUGCUACAUCGCCUCCCUGGUGUUCCUACACGAAUUCAUCGAUGUCUACUUCAUCGCCACCCUGUCAUUCCUCUGGAAGGUAUCUGUCAUCACCCUGGUCAGCUGUCUCCCCCUCUACGUCCUCAAGUACCUGCGGAGACGGUUUUCUCCCCCCAGCUACUCAAAGCUUACGUCGUAGACUGCUCAGUGGCAGCGGGGACUCUGGUCUCUGCAAGUUCUGUGGACAGAGUUCAAGUUCCAUGUGUGUUAACCACCUCCAGUGGACGGUGCAGCCAUGGCUGGCAGGAGCAGUUUCAGUGUGAUGAGACUGGGGAACUAACAGGGUUGUGACACUGAAGAAAUUGGAGGGAGGGGCCUAAGAGAUGUACCUGUCAGGAAUGUGGGCGCCAUGCAGAAGUGAGGAUGAUCCUGUGGGACCGAGUGACUCAGCUGAGGUUUCUGUGGGUCACUGGGCCAGCUUCCUUAUGACUUGAAUCUGUUGUCAUGUGAUAAAAGUUUUUGUGUAGUUGAAGGUUGCAGAAGGCUUUUUGUUCUUUAAACAGUCAUUCCAUGUUUGUUCCUCAAAUCUUUCUUGCUCCUACAAAGUAGUCAGAAAAAUAUAAAGCUCUGAAGCUGGAUAUGGCCAUGCUCACCUGUAAUCCUGGCACUAGGGGCUGAGGCAGAAGGAUUACUGCAAAUACAAGGCUAGCCAGGGCUGUGUAAUGAGACUGUUGCACACACACACACACACACACACACACACACACACACACACACACAGAAAGAAAAAACAAAGCUCUCUGUGUAGGUGUGGGAGGAAGUGACAUUUGGCCAGUUCCCUGAGCCUCCUCUGGUUGGGAAACGCUCAGUCCUUUUUGGGCAGCCCCAGCUGUGGAGUUGCCUGGCUCCUCAGCUUUCGGAAGAAGGUAAGAGAAGAGGCUGUGUGUUAGCUUUGAUCCACUUCGACAGCCUGCAGUUGGCUUCACCUGCCACCUCAUAAAACAGCCUCCCAGAGCUGUGAUCUCGCUGUGUCCGGAGCUGGUGAUACUGACAUAGCCAGUGGCUAUCCAAGGACAGCCUGGACACUUUCAACAAGGUUGCCACUAAACAGCCCUUAAAUGUGUCGACAGCGUGAUAAGAGGCUCUGCUCAUUCUUUACACAACAGAGCAGCUGUGACUCAGAUAUUUUGAACCCUGGGCAGAGAGGUCAGCAUUCUGGAACCUUCUCUUCCCCAGCAGCACAUUUCCUGUUAGGAGGAAUUACUGAGGACUGAGCUGACAGAAGCAGAGGCCUCUUGUGAGGCGUUCCCACCAUGGAGGAGGAGGCCCCGGCUGCUGCUUGGGGGAUCAGGCAUCAGCCCCCCACUGGCUGAGGGGAGGUGAGGGGUGGAGUCCUCCCCUGUGAGGGUGGCCAGCACGUGUGUGUUUUUUAUAAAGCUGUGGCUGCUGCUUUCUAAAGGAGAAGGGGGUCUGCUAGCAUUGAAUGUGGCAGGGCAGGGCAUUCUCUGGGUUUCUAGUCUCCUUGUGGAAGCCACAUAUGUGUGCCAUCAGGGUUGGCUUGGCAGAGCCUCAUGAACCAAGAGUGGUUGCUGUGUUGGAUUUACGAUUCACAGUCAUGAGCAGGGCCUCUACAGACCUUCCACAUGACACCCCUCCUCUGAGCUUCAGAAACACUAGUCACUGGCUGGCUGGGUCACCCGCUACCCAUCCUGGUUGGGGACAGGAGGAUCAGACAGUCCCUCAACCUUGGAGUGCUUGAGAUAUGUGCUUGUAUUGUGUUGCCCUUUUAAAUACAUUAAAUUGGCUGUUCACUUCUA